CCAGCAGUCCCAAAGCAGGAGGAUGAGGGGACUCACGUCCCUUCACACGUCCAGGAGAAUGUGUUCAUCGAGGGCAGCCGGCCCAAGUACCUGGAGGACCUGCACACUGAGGCCCAGGAGGGACUCAAACUGCUGCAGCAAGAAGGUACUAAAGCCCCCUUCAAAUACUCACACUUACUCCAACACCUACCCCUGAUAAGAUUAACUCAUUAGGUGAAGUUACUGUGUGGUACUGUAUUUGAAAGGUUUUGACCUUUAUUUCAGAAACCGAUAAUGGGGUGGAUUACCAGGAUGACCAAAGCAUUACUGUAAGUUUCAUACACGGUGCUACAUCAAAUCACUAAACAUUGUCCUAUUCAGUGGUGUAAAGUACUUAAGUAAAAAUACUUUCAAGUACUACUUAAGUAGUUUUUUUUGGUAUCUGUACUUUACUUUACUAAUUUUAUUUUUCAGAACUUUUACUUUUACUUCACUAUAUUCCUAAAGAAAAUAAUGUACUUUUUACUCUAUACAUUUUCCCUGACACCCAAAAGUACUCGUUACAUUUUGAAUGCUUAGCAGGACAGGAAUAUUGUCUAAUUCACACACUUAUCAAGAGAACAUCCUUGGUCAUCUACUGCCUCUGAUCUGGCGGACUCAAUAAACACAAAUGCUUUGUUUGUAAAUGAUGUCUGAGUGUUGGAGUGUGCCCCUGGCUAUCCGUAAAUUUAAAAAACAAGAAAAUGGUGCCGUCCGGUUUGCUUAAUGUAAGGAUUUUGAAAUUAUUUAUACUUUUACUUUUGAUACUUAAGUACAUUUUAUCAAUUACAUUUACUUUUGAUACUAAAGUAUAUUUAAAACCAAAUACUUUUAGACUUUUACUCAAGUAGUAUUUUACUGGGUGACUUUCACUUUUACUUGCGUCAUUUUCUAUUAACAUAUGACAAUACUCAAGUAUGACAAUUGGGUACUUUUUCCACCACUGGUCCUAUCACAAAUUCACACCAAACCUGCUUUUAAUUAAGCGUAUACUAAUAAUUUACUUUUGAAUUUUCUGUGAUUCCUACAGUCGACGGUGACCCGGCAGCCUGACGAGACUGAGAGUGACAGUUACAGAGAGAGGAGGGGCUCUUUGUCAGACAGCACCAUACUAGACACUGUGUCCCAGGUCUCAACGCGCUCUGCUGUCUCCACACGGUCCUCACGGUCAGGACUGACCCGCCAAGGUAACAUGACAUGACCAUAACCAGAAAACGAUUCAUACUGGAACCACUAUAAAACCUUUUCCAACCAGUGAUUGUUUGAUUUUCUUUGAUGUCUUCAAUGUGUUUUAGAGUAAACACUUAUGGAGUGAAAGCGGCUGUUGUUUGUUUUGUUAAUUUUGACCUAAUAUUUCUCUCCUGCUUUUUGUCUCGUUCCCCCAGCAUCAACCUUCAGGCCUCUGAAGUCAGAGAAGAAGCCAGAGAAGGCCAAGGCCAGGAGGAGACACAGGAGAACCACAGUUAUGGGGAUACCACAACACGUCCAGAGGGAACUGGGUACGCUACUCAUUAUUUAUGCUCUAAAGUAAUUGAAAUGUCAAUAUAGACCAUUGUGAAGAUACCUGUUGAUAAUUUCACCCUUAAUACAAGCACAUCAUCUUUUAUUUGCUUGUGUAGCUGUAUAUUUUAAUUUGUCCUGUUGUUCCUCACUAAAGGGCUGGAUAGAGCAUCAUGGGCAGCUCGUCAGGUUAUAGACGAUGACGGGCUCCCUAACGGGGAGAGCCUGAACAUCCACACCAUCGAUGGGCCUCACCUAGCUGGUUCCCAGGAGGGGGUGAGGAUCUAUCUCCAGUCUGUAGAAGGCCUGCAGCCCGUCAGUGAGGACCAGGUUCAGCAGUUCCCCUCCCGGGCCGGUCACACGGAUGACCUGGCUCUCCUCCAGCGCAUGGGUCCCCAGCUGUACGGUCUGAAGAGGCCCAAGUCCCUGGCCGUCCCCUGGAUGACCACAGCGUUCGGCCUGCUGCACCAUCCCCCCAGCCCUGUCAUGUCCAUGUCCCCCCAGGCCACCUACAUGUCUAAGAUCAUCCCCAAUGCUGUGCUGCCACCCUCCAUCGACGUGGUGGAGAUUAGCCGUAACCGCAGCCGGAGCAGUGUCCGUACCGUCAGUAAGAGCAGACUGCUGCUGGCCAGCCCUGCCUCCUCCAGAGCCUCCUCCCGCGCCUCCACCAUGUCCUCCGCCUCACGAUACAACCCACCACACUUCUCUGACAGCUCUAGAUGGAGCCACUCUGAGUCCUCUGAGACCCUGGUGUCUGACACCUCCACCAUCUCCUCCAACAGCACCACCAGACAGGGGGGCUCACAGGAGGGGGAUGGGGAGGGCUCAUCCAAGGAGACAGCCCUGGACAGAGAGAGUAUCCUCUCCUCUGUCAGUAAGGCCUCCAGGACCUCAGCCACCAAUGGCAAGGGGAAAGCCAGAGGGGAUGAUGGCAAACAGGAGGGGCCCUUCAUCCGGAGCCUAUCUGUGAUGAAGUCCAAGAGGGCACCGGCCCCACCCAGCCGCUCCUACUCCUUACACAAGGACAAGAUGAAGCGGCGCUCACGGGACCUGACUGACAUCAGGGUUGCUGCCCCUCCCCAAAGCAGCCCAGUCCAUGGUGGGGAGGCUAAGGCUGUCAGUGCUUGGGAGACCGGCUCUUCUCCCAUGCCCUCCAGUAACAAAAGUAGCCCUGGCUACACAGCAGACACCAGCUCUCUGGAUGAGUCCUCUGGCUCUGUGACCACCAACUCCUUCACCACACCACAGCAGGCAGCCAGGGAAGAGGAGAGGAACGAACAGCCAGGCUCCACAGGCUCCUCUCCACAGAAACAGACCCCCCAGGAAAACGUCCUGAAGAAGACUGUUUCCCCCUCCAGCGGCUACCCCAGCCAGGGUGGCACGCCCACCCUCCCCUACAAACAGACCCAUAACUCAUCCCCAGGAAACAAGAGAGGCAUCCUGGCCGAACUAGCAAGCAUCUUCCCCAGGGCACCAUCCCCGGCAGCCUCAGCCCCAUCACCUGUUAUUCAGCCACAGGCCUCUGACAGCAUCAAGACACCUCAGCCAUCCUCUCCAGUCGACACUGUAACUCCCUUACCUUCAGUCGUGGCACUCAGAGAGCUGUUCAACAUCCCGCCCCCACCCAAAGUGUGUGCCCCCCCUCCUCCUCCCCCGGAGGUAUGGGCACAAAACAAGCGCACUUUUGAGCUGCUGCUAGGUCCCCCGGCCCCCAACAACACGGAUACGGUGGUGCGAAAGAACCCAAAGGAUCGACGACAGCAAAGGCAGUCUCCUUCCACAUCAAGAGAGGGUUCUGUUAAGAACUUGUCACCUAAGAGGAGAGGUGAGGAGUCCGCAUCAGAGGCAGGAGGUUUGCCAGAGAGGGUCACUGAGCCUAAGGCUAAAGAGCAGACCGGUAAUCCAGCAGCACUAACGUCUGUGUCAGGAAAGGGUCAGGCGAGUCCAAAGGUCCAAGAAAAAGAUGGGUUGAGUCCAGUGGUUAUAGAAGAGGGAGAUAAAGGACCGGCUCAAAUAGAGCCUUCUGAAGGUAUGAAAGGGAAUAGUGAAGUGGCACAGAAAGUUGAACAAGAGAGGGUCCAAGGAAGUCAUUUGGAAGUUGAAGAGAAGGUACAGAGAAGUCAGUUGGUGGUUGAACCCGAGAAGGUCAAGGUAAGUCAGUUGAUAGGUAAACUAGAGAAGGUCCAGGCAAGUCGGUUGGUAAAUGGAAAGUCAAUGAAUGCUCCAGGAAAGGGCCUAGGAAAAGUAAAGACAGAAAUACAGACUCCUGCUACAGAGAAAAGGACUGAAUCUCAACCUAAAAUGGACACGUUGUCUAUGCUUAGCCAUGCUCUAGCACGCGUCUCUCCAUCUCCUUCUCAUCUCCCAGCACACUAUCCUCCCCUUCCCCCUUCCAAACAGACCCAGCCAGUGGCCCCACUUGGGGUCUCCUCAGACUCUACACUGGCUCCAGAGCUCCUGUUAGUCUACCCCACUGGGGAAUCCUUCUGGCCUCCUCCCCCACCUCCCAUGGAUUUGGCCACCCUUGGCGAUGAGCUUGACCUCCCCCUUCCCCCACCACCCAGUAGUUGUGAGGAGGGGGUAGUUAUGACAGAACCUGUGCCCCCUGUUUCAGAGGGGACAGUGAGAGCUCCAAACCCUGCCCGACCUGCACCUCAAGAAGUUUCAUCUGUACCACAGGGAAUACCACAGCAGCCUAGUCCAGUGACCACAGAGCGCCAGAACCAAGAGAAGAAGUCCCUCAGCAAGAGCUCUCCCACUCCCCCAGUGGAGGCCCCCACUCCCGUGGUCACCCCCUCCCUUCUGCAGAUGGUCAAGCUGAGGUCUGUCAAUAAUGGUGACCAGGUUCUGAAAAGGGACCAGAGUCAGGGACAGAACCAGACAGAGGUCACUUUGAGGGCCAAACAACCCAGUAAUGGGGAGGCUCCCCAGAAGCCUAUUCGAAGGUCUCUGAUCAUGACAGCUCUCCCUCCCACUGUCACAUCCCCAUCUACUACUGUUAUCUCACAACUUCCCACAGCCUCAGCCCCAGAGGCAGCCCUAACCUCAGCCACAGUCCCAGAGACAGCCCAAGCCGCAUCCCCAGAAACAGCCCCAGAGGCAGCUUUAGCCGCAGAGGUAGCCCAAGCUCCAGCUCUAGCCCCAACCUCAGCCCCAGCUCCAGCCCCAACCACAGCCCCAGCCCCAGCCAAGUUCCAGCCCAGCAUAGUUAAUUUCCCCUCAAAGUCAUCUACUGUCACCUCUCCUACGAGUAAGUCUCCUCCUGCCUCAGCCACCACCCCUUCGAUGAGGAUGCAGGAGGCCAUUCGCUUGAGGACAGCGGCCAGAAGUAAAGAGGGGCCUCCCUCUCAUCUCAGCCUGCACUCCCCAACUUCACCAACAGGUUUCAAGUCCCCCUCAUCUACCGCCAGUUUCAUCUUCGCCAAGAGCACAAAGAAGGUUGUCAUAGAGACCCUCUCAACCCCUGAGGCCCAGGCCAAUCUCACAAAGAACUUGGUGGCUGAGCUUUCAUCUGUGUCCAAUCCAGCCAAGUCCACAGACACACAGAAGGAGGUGGCAGUCAAGGUGCCGCCACCUGUGGCAAGGAAACCCAAGCCUAAGGUCACAGAUGCAGAGCCCAGUGUGGAGACUGAGCAUGUGCAAACUGCAGGACAGGAAGCACAGCCAGCAGACAACACUGAGGGUAAGGGAUCUGUGAUUGUGACACAACCAUACUUGCCUCCUUUGUUACAGCUAUUGUCCAUUCACAAUUCAUGUUGAUCUUUCUCUCCUGUCAAAGCAGAGGCUCCAAACGGGACAGCAGUCAGUGUUGAAGUGCCACCAUCAUCAUCCACA